UCGCCAAGUUUCAAUUUUGGGAUGCGUCCUGUGAACAUAGUUAGUCAAGAAUCUGCAUAUAUGACAGGUACGAUGUAUUUUUUACAGUGACCAAGUGCCAGCGAGGAGAGGAGGCGUUGUUGUUGAUUCGAGAGAAUAGGGGUGGGUUCGAUAUCGUAAUGACAGAUGUUCAAAUGCCUGGGAUGGAUGGACUUCAGCUUCUUGCCGAGAUCGCUAACAUGGAGAUAACCUUGCCUGUAGUCAUGUUUUCAAGUGAUGACGAAAAGGACACUGUCGUGAAAGGAUUGAAAAGCGGGGCUUGCGAUUUUCUAGUGAAGCCGAUUCAAAUCAACACUCUCAAGAUUCUAUGGCGACAUGUUCUUUGGAGCAACCCAUCGUUGAGGAACAAUUCUAAUAAAGAAUUGGAGAUGCUGCAUGGUUCGACCACAACGUCAUCUAACAACACUCAUUCUCAAGCAGAGAACGAGGAAGAGAAUUCUAAACGCUUGAAAAUGAGCAGCGAAGAUGAAGCUGAUCAAGGCCGGACUAAAAGUGGGGGGAAGAAACCUCGAGUGGUUUGGACACCUGAGCUCAACCGGAUGUUUGUCAUGGCUGUCAAUAGUCUUGGAAUCGAUGAUGCCAAACCUAAGAAGAUACUGCAAAUUAUGAGGAAAAUGACGGGUGCACCUCAUCUCACUCGGCAAAAUGUCUCCAGCCACCUUCAGAAACACCGUAUGAACACCAAGAAGAUAGGUGAAGCCUCAAAGCAUCAAAGUGCACAUUCUUCUCUCACCAAUCCGACUCAUUCCACUCCACCAUCAUUGUCAUUAAUUGGGUGUGGCCGUACCCAAAAUGGUGCUGCUUCAGCUCAAUAUCCAUCGCAAGCUAUGAGGAUCGCCCCUCGACAGCCGUGCACAGGUUGUAGCAUGAGAAGGCCUAAUAUUAUUGAGUUACCAAAUAAUUACGCGCUCCCAAGGUACCAAAUGGGGCUCCAAACACAACCACUUGCGCUGUUGCAGCAACCGAAUCCACUUCUCCAGAACUACGGUUGCCAACAGCAAGCCAAUGAAUCAGCUCAAUGCCUAACCUAUGCUCCUACGCCAUCCGUUGGGCUCACCUCACAAGUGAAUAUUAACACACACUCAGUUCUUCCUAAUCAAAGUGACAACUCGCUCAUCAUGCAGAUGUCCCAAACACCUUCAAAUAUGCAGAUCUUGGAUGAAGCUGCAGCUACAAGACGCUAUCUUUCCGCCACUACUCAGCCUCAUCCAUUGCAUAGCCAGAUUUCAACUCAUGACAUUCAAAACCUCAGUUCUGGUACUCCCCAUUUUGCUUCUGAGCAGGGUCUGCCUGGAGCCCUCAGCACCAUCGAAGCUAACGCGAAUGAAUUCUGCAGCAGCAAUAUAGUCGCGGUCAAAGGAGAGUUCUCUUACCGGAACAACCAUUAUACCGUUGCUGAGGACUGCCAAUUGUAUGGUAGCGAGGCUAUGUUUGAAAAUAUGCUUGAUCCGAAUAUCUUUGAGGAUCUUGAGUUUGGAGAAGAUGUUCCUUUUCUCGACAGCUACAUCCAUGACAACAGUGCCAUUUAG